UGCAGAAGAAAGUACGAACAAAUGAAAUAAGAGGAAGAGCAAGCAGAAAGACCAGAGAUGAUUUCGAUAGAAGAAAAGAAGAUACAGAAACCAAAAUUCAGAUCAUAUAGGCUUACUACCUCCAGAGAACUAUAUCGAGAAGGGUAGUGUAGUGCAGCAGAUCUGCAUUAAUUUGUGUUGUUGUGAAAUGGCUUCUCUUCUUCCAUAUAAUUCACCUGCUCGUGGUGACUAUGAAAGUAAACCUAACUCAUCAAGAGUUGAAGCCACUGCAGUGGAGAUAGAAGAAGAAUGGAGUGUUCCAAAAGGGAAAGGGAGUAAAAAAGGAGAAAGUUCAGGUUGGAGAGAAGAGGAAGGUAUGUGCUUGACAUGGAAAAAUGUAUGGGUCACUGCUUCCAUGGGAAAGAAUGGAAGCAAGUCAAUUCUGCAGGGUUUAACUGGUUAUGCCAAGCCAGGCCAACUUUUGGCCAUAAUGGGUCCUUCUGGUUCUGGAAAGUCUACACUUCUUGAUGCCUUGGCAGGGAGAUUAGGUUCCGACACAAGGCAAACUGGGGAGAUUCUUAUCAAUGGGAAGAAACAAGCCCUCGCAUAUGGAACAUCAGCAUAUGUGACACAAGAUGAUACCUUAUUGACAACCUUAACGGUUGGAGAAGCUGUGCACUAUUCAGCUCAACUGCAGUUACCUGACACCAUGUCAAAACAAGAGAAGAAAGAGAGAGCAGACUUUACAAUCAGAGAAAUGGGUCUUCAAGAUGCCAUUAACACAAGAAUUGGAGGAUUGUUUGUUAAAGGAAUAAGUGGAGGUCAGAAAAGGAGAGUGAGCAUUUGCAUUGAGAUUCUUACACGACCAAGGCUUCUUUUCCUUGAUGAACCAACUAGUGGACUUGAUAGUGCAGCUUCCUAUUAUGUCAUGAAAAGAAUCGCUACAUUUGAUAAAAGAGAUGACGUUCGCCGAACUAUUAUUGCCUCAAUCCACCAACCUAGUACUGAAGUUUUUCAUCUUUUCGACAACCUUUGUCUUCUAUCUUCAGGCAGAACUGUCUACUUUGGACCUGCUUCUGCUGCAAGUGAGUUUUUCGCUUCAAAUGGUUUUGCUUGUCCUUCUCUCAUGAAUCCAUCAGAUCAUAUGCUGAAAACCAUAAACAAGGAUUUCGAACAGGACACUGAGUUAGGAGGGAAGGAAACAAUACCCACUGAAGAAGUGAUUGAGAUCCUUGUAAAUUCGUACAAGUCAUCUGAAAUGAACCAAGAAGUUGAGAAAGAAGUAGCAGAACUAGCUGAAAAGGACACCAGUUCAACAAACAAUAAGAGAAAGCAUGCUGGCUUUAUUAGUCAGUGCUUUUCUCUUACCAAACGAUCGUCCAUUAACAUGUAUCGUGAUCUCGGCUAUUAUUGGUUACGCCUUGCCAUAUAUAUUGCAUUGGCUAUAAGUUUAGCCACUAUUUUCUAUGAUUUAGGUACAAGCCACCGCUCAAUUCAGGAUAGAGGUUCAUUUCUUAUGUUUGUAUCUUCAUUCAUCACUUUCAUGACCAUUGGCGGAUUCCCUUCUUUUGUGGAGGAUAUGAAGGUGUUUGAACGUGAGAGACUAAAUGGACAUUACAGUGUGACUGCAUAUGUGGUUGGGAACACCUUUUCAUCAAUUCCAUUCUUGUUGUUGGUUUCUGUGAUUCCUGGAUCUAUAGCCUAUUACCUUCCUGGUCUUCAGAAAGGCUUCGAACACUUUGUAUACUUCAUCUGUUCUCUCUUUUCUUGUCUGAUGUUGGUAGAGAGUCUUAUGAUGAUAGUUGCAAGCAUUGUCCCCAACUUUCUAAUGGGCAUCAUAACUGGUGCUGGAAUUCAAGGAAUGAUGAUUCUGAGUGGUGGGUUCUUCAGAUUGCCGAGAGAUCUUCCAAACCCAUUUUGGAAAUACCCAAUGUUCUAUUUUGCCUUCCAUAGAUAUGCGUACCAAGGAAUGUUCAAAAACGAGUUUGAAGGACUAAGAUUCGAUUCAGAUAAUGUCGAAGGUGGCUCCUACGUUACUGGUGAAGAAAUUCUAAGAAACACAUGGCAAGUAAACAUGAGUUACUCAAAGUGGGUUGAUCUUGGAAUCUUGCUGGGGAUGAUUUUUCUCUAUCGAGUCCUCUUCUUAGUUAACAUCAAAACUACUGAGAAGCUGAAACCGAUCAUUGUAUCAUUCUUGUCGUCAAGAACUUCUACCAAGCGAACAACGUCGAUCAUGCAGAAUCCCACUGCCACUCCUCUUCAAGAAGUUCAAGUUACUUAAAGUUAAUGUACCAGGUUCAAGAUUUGGAUGAAAAAUCAUUUCAUUUGUUGAAAUAAACUUAAAUUUGGGGUUUUGUUUGCA